GGAGAAUGUACUCAACAGUCUACCCGAUAAACUCAAAGCCGAAAUUGCCAUUCAAAUGCAUCUGGAUACGCUAAAACGUGUGGAGAUUUUUCAAAACACGGAGGAAGGUUUUCUGUCAGAGUUAGUGCUUCGUCUCAGAAUGGUGUUGUUUGCGCCUGGAGAUUUCGUCUGCCGCAAAGGGGAAAUUGGCAAACAAAUGUUUAUCGUUAAUCGAGGCACACUGCAUGUCCUCGGGGAUGACAACACCACCAUUUUGGCCAUAUUGCGUGCCGGCAGCUACUUCGGUGAAUUGUCCAUUCUCAACUUGGGGCAGUAUGGUAAUCGGCGAACCGCGUCUGUCCGGUCGCUGGGCUACUCCGAUCUUUUCAGAUUGUCUAAAUCCGAUUUGUGGGAUGUUCUGAAGGAUUAUCCAAAAGCUAGGAGGAAGUUAGAAUCACAUGCCUACAAGAAAAUUCACGAUUACAGGGUGUUAUCCCGUGGAAUGGUGAGGCCCAGUGAGCAAGCCGAUGAUACGUCUUAUGGUUACAAUCCUGAGGAGAUAAGGGGACCUGCUAGGGCAUCAGCUGGGACCACUACCGGAUGCUGCUUGUCAAAUGGAGCCGCCACAAUCAGCGCAAAUGUUGACGGCUCCGACGGUUAUGGAAGCGAUCCAAGCCGCAUGUCAGCUCUAAUGUGCACUCCACGUCAGUCACCCACACCGCCGCUAACAUUGGUUCCGAACGUCCGUGAUGUAGUAGGCACUUCAACAUGCAGAUCAGAUUCUGGCAUAGAACAGAUGAAUGCAUUAGAGCGCGUUUGUGCAAUGCGGCUGCACACCGCUAUGGAUAGAGAUAUCAAGAGUGAACGCCUGAGUGGUCCACUGAAUGUUCCGAAAUCACACGCAUAUCGGAGCAAAUCAGAAGCUGCAACAUCGUUCACGCAAGAAAAGGUGCAUAAGAACUCGGCUUUUGAAACCUAUAUUAACCCUAGGAUUUCAGAACGGUCAUUAGUCAAUAGUCGAAAUCUCUCAGCUCCAACAAACCUUGUCAAUUCUCUUUGUUCUGACUGCUUAGAUUGUGACUACCCUGAACGAGUUCCUGAAGAAUUUAGUACUUGUACUUCGUAUUAUUACUCAGGGGAUAUAGUGAGUUAUGACUAUCCGUCAACAAACAUUACUCCGCAACCAACAUUGGCUAAGUUUCACUUGAGUGAUCCGUUCGAAUGUUCUGCAAUUGCGGACUGCACUAAUGCAGCAGUUGUGAGUAACGGAAACUCGAAAUCAAUAAAUGAAUAUUCCCAGCAUAAUGUACCAUUGAUUUACUUUGAGAAAGCGUCAACCUCAUCUUCAUCGUCCACCAGAUCAUCUUGUUCUCAUAAUCCUCAGUGUGCAAAAUGUGUACAGUCAGUUUCAUCUAAAAUGGUACAUUCAGCAUCUAAUGCCAACAGAAACUGGGGAUCCAUUGAACAUCUGAGUGUACCGCGGACAAGAGUGCAAACACCGCAUUCAUUCUCAAGACCAAACGUCUCGAUUUACACCAAAAAUCCAGGACGUCAUCGGCAUAACUGCUGUACUGGAAGGCAUCACUCCAUUUCUUCACCGUACAGUGAAGUCGGUGAAUUGGAACUGCAACAACAAGCAGCGCAGCAUCAUGACAACACACUAUUGCAAGAGCUCAUACGGCUCCAACGUAGCGUAUACCUAUUGGAACGUCAAAACGCUAUGCUGCAGAGUAACCAGCGCACUAGAACUUCUUUAGACAGUGUGGAUCAAUGGUUUGGGGUUAAGACAUGUUCGCCUAUUAUGGAGCACCAGAGACCCAUAGGCCCCUUCCCGAGGCUGAUCACACGAGCACCUGUGCGCAGGUCAUCUUCACUUCAAGUCCCUUGUAACAGUGUGAAAAAUGGCAUGUGCCAAAAUCGACCGAUUCGUCAAAUACCACCAACAAUGGAACUCCGUGCUGGCGAACUAAUACAAACCGCAACUAGACUCCCGUUUGGAGGGACGGUUAAGCCCGAGGUAGCCUGCUGA